GAUGAGCGGUAAUUUGAUGGGAGAAAAACAUUCACUUAUGUUUCUCUCUCUCUUCUCCUCCCACACGCAUGCUCCCACUGGCAGAGCAUGAUGACUGCAGCAAGCAGCAGCUCUGAGUAGCACCAGUGCGAGCAGGAGAAGGGGUUCUCAGGCAGAAGAGGGUGAUCUGUGUGACUCAUCCAGUGAAACUGAAAGUCUAGAUGUCCAAUUCCACUGCACAUGCUGGUUAGCUUGGUCACGCACGCACAUAUCUCUGGAUACUCGUCUGGCAAAGCGAACAUUCUCAGGAAGGAUUUUGAAAUAUUAUGGAAAGGAUCUGGUUCCGAGAUGGGCAGCCCUAAACAGCCUCAGAGAUUACAGCUGUCAAGACCAGAUGCAGCUAGUGAGACCGUUUCCCUGCGCUCACCUAUAUCUUCUAGAAUCUGGCAGGCCGAAGAUCCUACCCGCAAUUCAGGGUUUGAUGGAGAGGAUCUUUGCAUGAGACACUUCUGUGUCAGUGUACAUGGUGACAAUGAGCCUAUGGAAGGCAGUUUCAGCUUCGACACAGGUGGGGAUGGCAUUUUAGAAGUUCAUAGGGACUUUUCUAUGGAUACUGAUGGGACCUAUACUUUUCAGGAAGUCAGUGAAGAUAAGGCUUCAUUAGAACAAGGUGACUACAAUGUUAGGUCUGCCGAUGAAUCUGAGAUACUGUCUAAACGACCCCUUGAAGAAAGCACAAAAAUUACCUCCAUGUCAGAUGCAAAAGGAGCAUCAGAAAAAGACUUAUCCAAUUCCAAAAAUUUUACAGACUGUAAAGAACAAGUGUUAAUUGCCCCCAGUUUGACGGGAACAAUUCCUUCAAUAGCAGUGAACACAGAUAAAGAUUUUGACAUACGAGGAGAAACAGCAAGAGACAUAUCUUUACUAGACAAGGAGAAGGAAGUUAUUCAUGGAGACUCAGACCUGAUACAGAUCGCCAGUAGUCUUGGUAAUGAAUUAAGUAGAGGAAACGUGGCAGAAGGUUUGGCAGGAUGCAAGAAGGUUGCUAAUGGGGAACAGAGUACAAAAACACACAUAUCUGAGCUGGUGCCUUCAAAGAAGGGCAGUGAUACACAGGAAAAGCAGUAUAGAUCUAUUGCCAUGAGCCCUAUAGUUCCACCAGAUGGAAGCUCAUCUUUCACUUUUCAAACUGGUAUAAGGGCUCAACAAACAUCAUCUGUCCUUUCUCAUGAAGUGAGGACUGAAGGAAAGGAGACCAGCAGGGAAGGGGAUCAACCAAAAGUCCACUCAUUUCGGCCCACUUCUCCUGAUCAUAAUGGUGGGACUGAGACAAAAGUGCAGUAUAGAUCUAUAGCUGUCAGUCCCAUUAUUCCACCAGGCGACUCAUCAUCAUUCACAUUUCAAACAGAACACAGUUCAUUGGCUCGAGAAGCGCUAAAGAUUUGUGGUACAACCCAAAGUACAGAUGCCGGAAGAACAGACAAUUUCCCAAAGACUUGUUCACCUGAGUUUAUCCCUUCAAAUCAUAAUGAUGGAACAAAAUCCAGAGUGGAGUAUAAAUCUGUAGCAGUGAGUCCAAUUAUUCCACCACAAGGAUCUUCGUUUACAUUUCAUACAUUAAGAACUGGUUCCAGUAAUAUGAUGGGGCAACAAGCAACUCACAGCGCAGACUUACUCCCAAAGACAUAUUCCUUUGAAUUGACUCCUCCCAAUCAGGAUGUGAGUACUCAGGCAGACACCAGAGCAGAGUGUGUGUCAGUCGCAGUAAGCCCAAUUAUCCCACCAGAUGGAUCUUCCUCAUUUAUGUUCCAACCAGAACAACUGCUGAAUAUAAUUAGUGGAGGCAAAGAAUCUGAAAACAAAUCUAAUUCUGUAGAAGCAUCACAAGCACAAAAUGAAGAUGUAAGUACACAGGCCGGCACUAGAGUGCAGUGCGUAUCAGUGGCUAUUAGUCCCAUUGUGCUUCCAGGUGGAGCUUCAUCAUUCACAUUUCUAUCAGAGAAGGCGGCUCUUUCACCUGCUACAGAGCACAGCAAGGAUAACAAUAUUAAAAACACAGAUAAUCUCCCAAAAACAUACUCAUUCGAGCUGACUCCUCCAGAUGAAGAAGCCGAGACUGUGACAAAGAUAGAAUACAGGUCAGUAGCAGUGAGUCCAAUAAUACCACCUGAUGAAGUUUCAUUUACUUUCCAAGAUGAAAGGAAAAAGGACUUACGCUGUGUCGAUGUGCUACCUAAAAAAUAUUCUUUUGAACUGACACCUCCUGAUCAAGACAUUGAGACACACACUGACAACAAAGUGGAGUAUGUGUCAGUGGCUGUCAGUCCUAUUAUUAUUCCACAAGAGUCUUCAUCUUUUCCCUUCCAAACAGAUCACAUGACCCCACACCAAGACCAGAUGCAAAAGCAAGAUGCUUGCAGCAUAAGUGCACUUCCCAAAACAUCACUAGUACUGACACCCCAGUAUCAAGAUGUAGGCACCCAAGUGGAUACUACAGUACAGUGUUCAUCAAUAGCUGUCAGUCCAAUCAUACCAUUGCAAGGGUCGUGCUCCUUUGUGUUCCACUCUGAGGGUAUAAAUCAGUCUACAGUAUGCUCACAUUUGCAAGACAAACCGCUUAUGAAAGAUGCAGAGAUGCAAGUGUCCUUUCCAGUUGAAACAAGAUCUAUUGCAACCGACCCGAUGACACCCAGAGUAAAAUCACCAAAGGCAUCUUAUCCUGACGUCCGCGUGAAAGAGGUGAAAACAGACCAUCCAGAGCCAGUGCGGGAGGUCAGCUGGGAUGAGAAAGGGAUGACAUGGGAAGUGUAUGGAGCAUCAAUGGAAGUUGAGGUUCUGGGAAUGGCCAUACAGAAGCACCUAGAGAAACAGAUUGAGGAGCAUGGGAGGCAGAAAGUGAUGACACCUCAAAGUACACGAGGUAGUUCUAUUCGAGCUGCCGCAGGGAAGAUUGAGCCCAAACGUCAACCUGGUGCUUUCCGCACCUUUUUCCACAGUUUCGGGCGACCCCGUUGCUGCUCUCGUGCUGGACCAGCUGUAGAAUGAAUUAACAAGAGAUAAGCCAUUUUUAUAUCCUUUCAGGAAACAAAUCAAAUAAUGAUGUAUUUCAGCACUGGUGCACAAAUGUCAGUUAAAAAGUUUGUACUCAGAGAAACAGCUGACGCGGAGCAUGAUACAGAAGUUCCCCAUCUGAAGGGACAGUUUUUGUGGGCCCAGUAGUGUGCACUAAUGUGACUAAAAAUGUUAUUUGAAUGAUAAGGUAAUUGUGCAGUUCCAUUCUGAUCCAUACAAGGGUUAAGUAAAGUACUAUUUGUAAUGGUUUGCAAUGAAUAAGACAAGUGGGAUCUAUACUGUAUUUUGUUAUAUGAAGAGAUGUUACAUCUUUCUGCACUUAUGUUCAUUUCUUAAGAACAUCCCUGUUUGCUACAACUCCUACAAGCAGAACAGCUCCCGGCUGGUGUGUCUGUGUGACAGGUUUCUGGGCACUUGUUUGUGAGUGGAAACACAUCACCUGUGUCCAUAUACACACGCAAAACUGAAGCCAAAUUAAGCCAUAAUGAUUUUUUUUUCUUUGUACAUAGUGACAGAGAUCACUGAGUGAUUGGGAUAAUUCCCAUAAUCCACUUACUGUACCAUUUGCAGAUGUGUCCCUAAAAACAGAUGUAUGCUCUUAUCUUGUUUUAGGAUUCCUUGUGUUAGCCUGUGUCUCCAUCACAGACCUGAAUAAGAAAGCUUAUUCUAAACCUAGGUGGUUCUGUUAUCCAUCUAACAGGCUGCCUGGUGUAAACUUGUCCAUGUACUUUGAAAUUAUUAUUAUUAUAUAUUAUCAUUUAUUUGCUGCAUAAACUAUACUUUUGCAGUUUGACAUUUUGUGCUAAAAUGGCAAAAUUAAUCAGUUUGCAUUCGUAGGGGGGAAUUCAGUUGUUUGAAAAGUCGGUUGGGUGUCUGUUUUUUCCUGUCUGUCAGAUAGGAAAAAACAGACACUCAAAUGACUUUCAAACAAUUGAAUACCCCCCCUAGUGUCAAGUUACAAUUUAAAAAAAACAACAACAGGCAAUAUGAAAUAUACAGUACAUGUUGCGUUGCAAUUAAGAUAGAUUGUACAUACUGUACUUUUAGCUAAAUAUAUAGUGCAUCUAGUAUGUGGAUUUCUUAUCUGUGGGCAUCUAGCAUUUCAGGCCAGCCCUGUGAAUGGAAUGUGUAUCUGCAUAGUACAGAAGGUAAACAAUUACUGUGACAAUGCACUUGCAUUAUACACUUUUCUAGUUUUUUAAAGUACUAAUUUAAAGCAUAAGAAUGUUUGUCUGGUUGCUGUGGUAACUGCCUUAUACAAGUAACCAUAGCUGUGUAGUUACAUUUAAAUGCGGAAGGUGAACUUUAGAAAUAAGAAAAUAUAAAACAUACUCAAACAAAAAUUGAAAAAUUUGAUACAUUUAAAUGACAUAUAAAUCUAAUCUACAAAUUGACUAAUGAAAAACAGCUGCUGACAGGAUUCACAAUUCUUGUAGCUUGGAAGAACUUGGGAUGUUGAAAUGUUCAAUAUUCUAUUUGUAUGUUCUAAGCAGCUGCAGUUAGUACAAAAUACGGUUCUCUGUAAAUACGAUUUACCUGCAGCAUUUUUAUUUUCCUACAAAGUCUGCACUGGUUCACUCUACAGUCAUAACUUUAGCGUAUAUAUAUCUAGUUCUGAUAAGCUAUUGAAAUUUUUACAUAAAUAUUUCCUAAAGAUACUGUAAUAGUACUUUUAUGUAAGCUAACUUGUGUUUUAUGGUCCUUUAGCUAACAUAUAGCCAGUCAAGAUAUUGUAUUUUAUGGUAAACAUUAUACUACCUUUUCCUUUGUUGACCGUCACUGAUAUUAGAUACCAGGAACAUGACUUUGCUGCAGCCAUUGGUACUACCACUAAAUGGUUUCAACUUGAUCACAUACUGCCCAAAAUUCCAGUCCAAGAGUAUUCCACCUAGGUGUCCAUUAGGGUACAGCUAUCAGAUGCACACACAGACGCCAUAAAUGCAUUUUAGCAUAGUGAUAAGUAAUGCAGAGCUAUGCAUGCACUACAUAGUGAGCUAAGACUGGAGAGCAGGAGGAACUGCAGUUAACCAAUGACUGUACUGACUCUAUGGGGGUAAUUCCAAGUUGAUCGCAGCAGGAACAUUUUUAGCAGUUGGGCAAAACCAUGGGGGUCAUUCCGAGUUGUUCGCUCGUUAAAAAUCUUCGCAUCGCAGCGAUUUUCCGCUUAAUGCGCAUGCGCAAUGUCCGCACUUCGACUGCGCCAAGUAAAUUUGCUAUGCAGUUAGGAAUUUUACUCACGGCUUUUUCAUCGUUCUGGCGAUCGUAAUGUGAUUGACAGGAAAUGGGUGUUACUGGGCGGAAACAGGCCGUUUUAUGGGCGUGUGGGAAAAAACGCUACCGUUUCCGGAAAAAACGCGGGAGUGGCCGGAGAAACGGAGGAGUGUCUGGGCGAACGCUGGGUGUGUUUGUGACGUCAAACCAGGAACGACAAGCACUGAACUGAUCGCAGAUGCCGAGUAAGUCUGGAGCUACUCAGAAACUGCUACGAGGUGUGUAAUCGCAAUAUUGCGAUUACAUCGUUCGCUAAUUUAUGAUGCUAAGAUUCACUCCCAGUAGGCGGCGGCUUAGCAUGAGCAAAUCUGCUAAAAUCCGCUUGCGAGCGAACAACUCGGAAUGACCCCCUAUGUGCACUGCAGGGGGGCAGAUAUAACAUUUGCAGAGAGAGUUAGAUUUGGGUGGGUUAUUUUGUUUCUGUGCAGGGUAAAUACUGGCUGCUUUAUUUUUACACUGCAAUUUAGAUUGCAGAUUGAACUUACCACACCCAAAUCUAUCUCUCUCUGCACAUGUUAUAUCUGCCUCCCCUGCAGUGCACAUGGUUUUGCCCAACUGCUAACAAAGGGGCAGAUGUAUUAACCUGGA